AUGACCGGGUUAAACGCGACACAGAACGGAAAUGGCGAUGCUAGUAGCCACGUGGAUGAUAACGCCAACGGAACAGCCAAUGAUCACAGUAAAGGAACAUCACCUUUCGUGAAAGACCAAAUCCCAAUCUCUCCGAACGCUCCUCAAGAAGUUCCUGGGCUUCUCAGUCGAAUAGUUUCACAUGGAGAUGCUUUCCUCAGUGCCGACCCUGAUGCGCGGUUGAAAUUGUUGGAAGAUGCUCGGGCAUUGGUCAACGCUCUUGAGACUCCUCGUGAGUCGAUGAUUAGAUAUUGUUGGGCGCAGUCAACGAUCUAUGCGGCUAUCGAGACCGGUGUCGAUAUUAAUCUCUUCCACAAGCUGUCGCGCAGUGACAGACCUAAGUCUGCUGCGGAGUUAGCAGAAAACACAGGGUGUGAUCCAGUUAUGCUGUCCCGGCUACUCAAACAUCUUGCCGCAAUGGGUGUAAUUGCGGAAGCUGGUCAGGAUCUGUACCGUCGUACCGGCUUCACGAUAGCCCUGUGCUCGGAGAAAUACAGCGAUGGUUUCCCCCUUAUGACACGUCGAUUUACAGCCGGUAUCCACGCUCUCCCUGCCUACCUAAAGAAGAACGGCUACCGCAAUCCCACCAAUCCUAAAGACACUGCGCUCCAGCUCGGAUUCAAUACAAACCUCCACUUCUUCGAUAUCACCGAGCAGGAUCCAGUCACAGCCAGGCAGUUCAACAACCAUAUGUCUGUCUACAGUCUUGGACGACCGAGCUGGAUGGAUGUUGGCUUCUUCCCCGUACAGGAGCGGCUUAUCGAAGACAGCAAAAUCACCAAUGAUGACGUCUUACUUGUCGACAUGGGCGGGAGUAUCGGUCACGACCUGUCUGAAUUCAAGCGGAAGUGGCCUGAUGCCCCGGGACGCUUGAUUCUGCAGGAUCUCCCGACAGUAGUCUGCCACGCACAAGGUCUGGAUCCCGCAAUUCAAGUGACACCUCAUGACUUCUUCACUCCUCAACCGGUCAAAGGCGCACGAGCAUACUACAUGCACUCUAUCCUCCACGACUGGCCGGACGACAUGUGCCGCAAGAUCCUGGCCAAUCUGAUUCCAUCCCUCCGCCCCGGAUACAGCAAGGUAUUGAUCAACGAGAAUGUGAUCCCAGACACGGGUGCCUACUGGGAAACGACCAGCCUGGACCUGAUUAUGAUGGCAAUCGGAUCGGGAGAGCGAACAAGACGGCAUUGGCACGCAUUGUUGGAAUCGGCAGGAUUGAAGAUUGUAAAUAUUUGGACGGCACCUGCACAGAAGGGAGUGGAGAGUUUGAUCGAGUGUGAGUUGGUGUAA